CAUCAGGCCGCGCCGCGCGCUCCCGCGUCUGUGUUUCUGCUGGAGAAAGAGAAGCUCCUGCUGAAGAGACUGAGACACACUGUUAUAAAGAUGGAGAUUAUUAAAGAGGAGAGAGAAGACGUGAAGAUUGAAAAAGUAUUCAGUCUGAAGCCAGAAGAGUCUGAGGAACAAACAGAGAUGGCGUCAGUUAAAGAGGAGAGUGAAGACAUGAAGAUUGAAGAAGUAUUCAGUCUGAAACAAGAAGAUACUGAGACACAAACAGAGAUUAAGUUUUUGAAAGAGGAGAGAGAAGUGAAGAUUGAAGACACAUUCAGAGUCAAACAUGAAGAGACUGAGGAACAAACAGAGAUUAAGUUUAUUAAAGAGGAGAGAGAAGAAGUGGAAGAUUGAAGAAGUAUUCAGUUUGAAACAAGAAGAAACU